UAUUUUGUACUAUUGAUUUCCCACUGCUAUAGUCUGAUCUGGAUUUUGUCCCCUACUCUUCGUAGCCAUUGAUUCAUUGGGAUUGAGGCGUACUGAGGUCACUUCCUCCGGGUCCUCGGUUGCGAUGGAGGCCUGAACGGUGAUGUUUGCCGGCCGCAGCCUGAGGUUCCUGGGGCGGACGCGGCGCUGUGGCCUCGGCCUUGCCUUAGGCCAUGGUCCCGGCACCGCGCUCCGCUCCCCCGCCAACCCGCUCCGCUUCGCGAGCGAUAGCGGCGCCAAGCCGCCGGACACGACGCUGUUCGUACCACUGCCGGCCAGGUUCAGCGCGGGGCCCGAGGGCAACGUGGGAGCGGAGCUGAGCCAGAGCCUGAAUAAGAAUGAGGCUCUUAAGGUCUUGAAUAAAUUUUACAAAAGAAAAGAGAUGCAGCGGUUGGGAAAUGAAAAUGGCUUGGAUGCUCGCCUUUUCCACCAGGCCUUCAUUAGUUUUCGGAAGUACGUGAUGGAAGUUGAUUCCUUGAGUGUGGAUUUGCACAUUAUUCUUAAUGAUAUCUGCUGUGGUGCAGGUCAUGUUGACGAUCUCUUUCCAUAUUUCAUGAGACAUGCCAAACAGAUUUUCCCAAUGUUGGACUGUAUGGAGGAUCUGCGUAAAAUUAGUGAUCUGCGAUUACCAGCCAAUUGGUAUCCAGAGGCCAGAGCAAUUCAGAGAAAAAUAAUUUUUCAUGCUGGGCCGACAAACAGUGGAAAAACACACAAGGCCAUCCAGAGCUUCUUAGCAGCCAAAUCAGGAGUUUAUUGUGGUCCUUUGAAACUGCUCGCACAUGAAAUAUAUCAAAAGACCAAUGAUGCUGGCGUGCCAUGCGACUUGGUGACUGGGGAAGAGCGUACUUUUGCUGAUCCAGAAGGGAAGCAGUCGAGUCAUGUCGCCUGUACCAUUGAAAUGUGCAGUGUAACAAUGCCAUAUGAAAUUGCUGUAAUUGAUGAAAUCCAGAUGAUCAGAGAUCCUUCCAGAGGUUGGGCGUGGACUAGGGCACUAUUAGGGCUUUGUGCAGAAGAAAUCCAUAUCUGUGGAGAAGCUGCAGCUAUUAACUUAGUGAUGGAGCUGAUGUAUGACACAGGAGAAGAAGUGGAGGUUAAAACUUAUGAACGGCUGACUCCGUUGACUGUUUUGGACUCUGCUCUGCAGUCUCUUGAUAACCUCCGCCCUGGUGACUGUAUUGUGUGCUUCAGUAAAACUGACAUCUAUGCUUUGAGUCGUCAGAUUGAGGCUCGAGGACUGGAAUGUGCAGUAAUCUAUGGCAGUCUUCCACCAGGAACAAAGUUGGCUCAAGCAAAGAAAUUUAAUGAUCCAGACGAUCCCUGUAAGAUCAUGGUUGCUACUGAUGCCAUUGGAAUGGGCUUGAACUUGAGUAUAAAACGGAUUAUCUUCAAUUCCCUCACGAAGCCAAAUAUAAAUGAAAAGGGAGAGAAGGAGAUGGACAGGAUAACCACCUCCCAGGCUUUGCAGAUUGCUGGAAGAGCUGGCAGGUUCUCCACAGCGUUUAAAGAGGGAGAAGUUACCACAAUGAAUCGCGAUGACCUUCCUGUGCUAAAAGAGAUUCUGAGUCGGCCUGUUGAUUCCAUUGAGAUAGCUGGAUUGCACCCCACAGCAGAUCAGAUUGAGAUGUUUGCAUAUCAGCUCCCAGAGGCCACCCUAUCAAAUCUGAUUGAUAUAUUUGUGAACCUCUCUCAGGUAGAUGGACUCUAUUUUGUGUGCAAUAUUGAUGACUUCAAGUUCCUGGCUGAUAUGAUUCAACACAUUCCACUGAAUCUCCGUGUGCGAUACGUUUUCUGUACUGCACCAAUCAACAAGAGGCAGCCCUUUGUCUGCACAUCUUUCCUGAAGUUCGCACGACAGUUCAGUAGGAAUGAGCCGCUGACAUUUGACUGGUUGUGCCGGCACAUUCACUGGCCAUUGACGCCGCCACAAAAUAUCAAAGACCUUGUACAUCUGGAGGCAGUGCACGAUGUGUUGGAUCUCUACCUUUGGUUAAGUUAUCGGUUCAUGGAUAUGUUCCCAGAUGUGAAUUUUGUCCGGGAUAUUCAGGCUGAACUAGACACUAUCAUACAGAUUGGAGUAAAGAACAUCACCCGUCUGAUCCGGGCAUCCGAUUCAGUUUCUAUUACUGCUGCUGUGGGGCCUGAUGGUUCUAAUCAUGGAGGAGUACGGGAAAAACGUAGAAUAAAUAUGGAUAAUGUCAGUAUAUCCCGGCGGCUACGGGGGUCCAAAGCACUAGGCUACAGACCCAUGACUUCUGAAACAGAUGCACCUGUGCGAGCUGGUGACUCCUUGAGUGAAAGGCUGGUCCAGGAAGGACACCUUACAGCUGAAUUACUGCAGCAGCUUCAAGAGGAAUGGUUAGCAAGUCAUGGCUAUGGUGUCCAAGGUCGUAGAGACACUGCUGCGCAAGUUGCGAAUAAAGCAACUCACAAAGGAUCGAGGAAGAAGAAAUAAAUUCAGUAUAUUUAUUUGACUCUGAAGUUUUUUGCUACCAGUAUAAACAAUAAAGAAGUGAUUGAGCUACA